AUGCAUUCCGGCGCGGUAUAUCCCCAAGACUUUCCGAAAUCAGGAUUCAACGACUAUGAACUUCUUGACAGAACCCUGGAAACAAUGGUUACGAGAAAACGAUUGAAUGUGGAGGCACCGCGUCGCUCGCCGGCGGCUGGACCUUUGGGCGUAGCUAAGAAGGUCGAUCUUGUUAUAGAGCCAGCUGCGUGGAAAAAGCACGGCACUGUUAUUGUUGUCGACUAUGAAGCAUGGAUCAUGAAUUUGUGGCUUCUUCGGACGGAUAUCGCAGGGAAAGGUUCCCUGGACCCGGAUUAUGAGCCUGUGGUUCUUCUUCCGAAGCAGUGGGUCAAGCCAGGUUAUGGCGGGGACGUCAAGAGCAUUGUUGGAAACCGUUUUUAG